GCGACACCGCUACCCAAGCCAUCACCACAAGUUUUCUGCCAAGAUCUGCAGCAGGCCCGCGAUCGAAUCCUCUCUCUUACUCAACCCUACGCGUAACAAUCAUCAUGGCGGACUCUCUUACCGAAGAGCAGGUCUCUGAGUUUAAGGAGGCUUUCUCCCUCUUUGACAAGGACGGUGAUGGACAAAUCACAACCAAGGAACUGGGCACUGUCAUGCGCUCGCUUGGUCAGAACCCUUCCGAGUCAGAGCUGCAGGACAUGAUCAACGAGGUGGACGCCGACAACAAUGGCACGAUUGACUUCCCCGAGUUCCUCACCAUGAUGGCAAGGAAGAUGAAGGACACCGACUCUGAAGAGGAGAUCCGUGAAGCUUUCAAGGUGUUUGAUCGCGACAACAACGGCUUCAUCUCGGCGGCCGAGCUGCGCCACGUCAUGACCUCCAUCGGUGAGAAGCUGACUGACGAUGAGGUCGACGAGAUGAUUCGCGAGGCCGACCAGGACGGCGACGGCCGUAUUGAUUACAACGAGUUUGUGCAACUCAUGAUGCAGAAGUAAAUGGCGCAUCCGGGCCAUCACACAAACGGUCAACCUCAUGCAGAUCAACAACUCUCCCUUCCAGUUUGCGUUUUUUUGUUUCGUUCUGGAUCCAACCUAGGUAGCUCUAAGCAGCGUUCUGCGGAGGGUUUGAUGUUAAAAGCGCACUGCUUUCUCGCUCUCAUCGAGCUGGCCACCCAGCGCGUACGUACGUAAUUGACUAGCAGUCGCUGGAAGCCGUGCUUCUCGACAGCGAGUUGACAAAGU